AUGCACCAUUCCUCGACUUUCACAGCCUUGCUUGAUAAACGGGUAAAAUUUCACUGCCAGUACGAUCGAUGCUUUGAAGGUUACGUGUACGCAGUGGAUCCCGAGAGCGGAAAUUGCGUGAUCUAUGAGAAUCCUGAGAAAGGGGAAAACUUGCCAACAGUUAUUUGUGCUUGGGCCAUUAAAUUCACAGAGGUCAUCGAGGACGAACUUCCAGAAAAGGUUAGAGGUUUUUUCGAUGGGCUGCACAGUAUCGAAACUGGCAACGACGUGGAAGACCGGUCGAACCCCCUACCUUCUUCCGAGAGUUUUGAAGAAAGGAGAAAGCAUUUGAUUGACCUAUUUCAGGCCAACUUCAUCGAGCUCAAGCCGGAAAUGAAUGACGUAUUCUCAGUCAAUGGUGUCGUAUUCAUUCACCCUCCCUAUACAAUUGAUACGUGUUCAAGUACAAAUGUGGUUGCCUUGGACCGAGUGAAGAAACUUCUCAGGUCGAUUGGCCCCUCUUAGUAGAUUUUCCAGUGCAUUUCUGCAAAAAAAAGCGUCAUGCAGUAUGUGCCCAAAAUUUUUUUGUCUAUUGUGGAUCAUUUUUAUACAGCUUUUAAUAGAAAAAAG